GGUGUGCCGUGGACAAGUAUCUGCUUAAUAAUCUUGAAUAUCCAACAGAUCUGAUGGCAGGCCAGGAGGCACAUGCGUACAAAUAUGCAGAUCGGGAGCAGCUCUUCUAUCAAUGUCAAGUCUCAAUUUCAGUCAAGGAGCCAAAUGAAGCAUGUUCGCGACCGCAGUGCGCCGAACCACUGGGAUUCGGUGCCAGAAAGGUGGAAAAAGCCUAUGGCAAACAACCGACCAGAAGGCGAAGAAACACCGAUGUGCGUGAUGUUGUAGAUGUGCGAGCCGAAUUAUCCGCACUUGAUAUAACUGACCAGGUUUUAUUUGUGUUCUUUUGUUGGAUCUACACGAGCGUCAGAAUGCAGAUUUAGAA